AGUGCCACCAAGCGGAGUCUACGUGGCCUAUGGAGGCGGCCAUAUUUGUCAACUUGGAUCGACAAAAUUAGCUAAGAAAAUCUGUAUAUAUCGCCAUUGCCUUUUGUCAUCUGCUCCCCAAAACAUUUUCAGCAUGUUGUUUAAACCUUUGCAAUUCGUCACACUAGUGUUAGCUGCAAUAUGUCAAGUUGGAUGCGACGAACACGACCAUACAUAUAGUGAGGCUGAUGAGGUUGUGUUAUGGAUGAACACUGUGGGUCCCUAUCACAAUCGCCAGGAGACGUACGAGUACUACUCUCUCCCAUUUUGCCGUGGACCUAAGGAGAGUAUUAGUCAUUACCAUGAAACACUUGGGGAGGCCUUGCUUGGAGUUGAGCUGGAAUUUAGUGGGGUUGACAUUGACUUCACGGCUGAUGUGACCAAGACCAAAUACUGUUCAGUGGACUUGUCCGAGGAGAAGUAUCAAGCCUUCAGCUAUGCUGUGAAGAAUCAUUACUGGUACCAGAUGUACAUAGAUGAUCUUCCUAUAUGGGGUAUUGUUGGUGAGAUCGAGGAGAGUGGAGAUGGUCUGUAUAUCUGGACACACAAGAAGUUUGACAUCGGUUACAACACGAAACAAAUUGUUGAUGUCAAUCUUACUAGUGAAGCUAAGGUUAAGCUUGCUCCCAACAAGAAGAUUUCAUUCACAUAUGAGGUGAAAUGGCAUACAUCAAAGGUGAAGUUUGAGGACAGAUUCGACAAGUACCUUGACCCCAACUUCUUCCAACACAGAAUCCACUGGUUCAGCAUCUUCAACUCCUUCAUGAUGGUCAUCUUCUUGGUGGGGUUGGUCAGCAUGAUCCUGAUGAGGACACUGCGCAAGGACUACGCCAGAUACAGCAAGGAGGAGGACCUAGAUGAUAUGGAAAAGGACCUUGGUGAUGAGUAUGGCUGGAAGCAGGUUCAUGGUGAUGUAUUCCGACCAGCGUCACACCCCAUGAUGUUCUCUGCCCUCAUUGGCACUGGCUACCACAUCGGCAUGGUCUCCAUCUGCGUCAUCACAUUCGCCAUCGUCGGAGAACUCUACACCGAGAGGGGGUCACUGCUCAGCACUGCCAUCUUUGUGUAUGCUGCUACCGCCCCUGUCAACGGCUACAGUGGAGGUGGCCUCUAUGCCAGGAUGGGAGGUAAAGUGUGGAUCAAGCAGAUGCUUAUGAGUGCCUUCCUGCUUCCCUCGCUGGUGUGUGGGAUGGCAUUCUUCAUCAACUUCAUCGCUAUCUACUAUCACGCUUCCAGAGCCAUCCCCUUUGGCACCAUGGUUGCUGUGAGUUGUAUCUGCAUCUUUGUGAUACUCCCCCUAACCCUGGUGGGCACAGUGCUGGGCAGGAACCUUGCUGGCCAACCCAACUACCCCUGCCGCAUCAAUGCGGUACCCAGGCCCAUACCAGAGAAAAAAUGGUUCAUGGAGCCCGGAGUGAUCGUGGUACUUGGAGGAGUACUGCCAUUUGGCUCUAUAUUUAUUGAAAUGUAUUUUAUUUUCACCUCAUUUUGGGCCUACAAGAUAUACUACGUGUAUGGCUUCAUGUUCCUUGUGUUCGUCAUACUAGCCAUCGUAACCGUGUGUGUCACCAUCGUGUGUACUUACUUCUUGUUAAAUGCGGAGGACUAUCGAUGGCAGUGGACCAGCUUCCUAGCUGCAGCUUCAACUUCAGGAUACGUCUAUCUCUACUCAUUUUAUUAUUUCUUCUUCAAAACAAAAAUGUAUGGGCUGUUUCAAACAGCCUUCUACUUCGGGUACAUGGCUUUGUUUAGUAUUGCCCUUGGGAUAAUGUGCGGAACCUUCGGCUAUGUAGGAACCAGCCAGUUUGUGAGGAAAAUAUAUUCUACAGUGAAAAUUGACUGACACAGCCUAGUAGUGUGUGUAUGGUGGAGAAACAACCCACACAACUCAGCACCGGGGAGGGAAGCUUAGAAGGUCCUGUGGUGAUCAGCAACAUCUUAGUCAGUACAAGUCUGGAUGUCACCAGUGGAUAGACGGACCUGAGAAACCACAUGCAGCACAGAUUCACUUGAUGGUUGUUGUUACUUUAUUGGAGACUGGCUGUUGACAAGGCCUGGUUGAUGUAUGGGAGCUGUUGUGAUUAUCUCAUCGCUCCUACCACAUAAUACAAUAAAUGCAUGGAUAUGUAGACUGUUGGUGGGAUGAUUCUAAUAUUGGGAAAAUUGAUAGUUAUGUACUGGCUUUAUUUUUUGUUGGCUGUUACUUUUUGUUGGUUUUGACAUAAUUUCUAUAAAUUUAGCUGUAGCUAUUCUGUAGGUUAAUUGUGUACACAUAAAAACCAUAGAAAAACCCAAACAUGUAUAUAGAUCUAAAACUAUCUACUUAGCAAGCUUGUAAAAAUCAUAAGAAAUCUUAUUUAUUGAAAAAAGUUAUAUUUAGGAAAGAAACUUUGAAAUCCUGUGAUACAACAUAUCAUGAAGAUUUGCCAAGCUUUAUGAUAUGGAAGGUAAAGUUUUUGUGAUAGCUCCUCCUUUAAAUGUGUGGUGAGACAGAUACAAAUAGUAUUGCUUAUGUGUGACUAUCAGGACAAACUUAAAAAAUGAUCAGUGUCUCACAUUGUGUAUCUUGGAUAAAUGGAAAAGGGAUAUGUGAGAGUAAUAUGUUUUGAUUUUUCCGUAAUAUUUUUGGUAAAUUUUCGAUCAUUUUCUUCUGAUCCCAACGGAACGCCUAGUGAAGGAUUCUGUUUUUAAAAUGUAUUUAAAUUUUCACAUCAGUUUGACUCAGUUCCUUGGGGUAUUUUUCGAAAGCUGGUAUUGAUUCAAAUUAACUGCAAUAGAAACCUGUGAUAGCAGGUAGUAGAAAUACGACCAAAAGGUCCUUGCUAUCUGAACGUUAAAUAGUAGCAGAAUAGUUAAUAUGCAGAAGAAUUAGUGUCUAAAACUGAUUAAUGUGCUGAGAUGAUCUAAGUGAAUUUGGAGGUUGGAAUGUUGUAGAAUAUUGAACAAGGUUUGUGUAUCGUGAUGUUGCACACACAAUGAAAAAGGGAUGGAAUCAUAAGGAUUCCUUGGAAAAUUGUUUGUAAUGUAUAUUGUUGAGGGCAAGUUCCAUUGAUUUUAUAAUUUUUAGUUGAAAUGUUUUGUUGAAAUAUUUACCUAUUCUAGCAGUGACAGAAUGUUAUGUCGUCUUUUCAAUUGUCUUGCUUGCAUGAACUGCAUGUGUUUGGUGCAAGGUUACGUACAAUGUGUGGUAUGAAAAUCUGUUAGACUUGGACCAAGAUCUGUGGUACUUGCACGCUUACAACAUUCUUUUACAAUAUGCUUUUUAUGUGCUUACCGAAUCCGUUCCCAAAUUACCACAUGCUAAGACAUUUGUUCAUGAUGCAGCUUUGAAAUUGUUCAUGAAGUAAGCUUUUCUGUUAUCAAAAUGUACAAUAGUACUGACUUCUCAGUCAGUUUGCCUUGGUUGGGCACUUUGUACACAAUGUGGAAACAUUCAGGCCUACAACACUCCAGCGCUGUUGUUGCAGGAGCUGAAGGGCCAAAAUAAGCUUGUACAAAUUAGUGUUGUUUCAUUUAAUUAUUGGAAAUUCUAAUUCAGAUUAACUGGCAUGUUUUGCUUCUGGUAUGGUCCGAUUUAACUUUGUUUCAUUGGGUUUGGUGAAAUUGCCAAUACCACCCUUUUUUAUGUUUUUUCUCCCCUUUUUUUUUUGACAUUCAUUGAGUUUUCUAACUUGUACAAACAAUGCACAUGAUCUGUACAUAAUAGUAGCUGGCGUGUAUUUAAUUCGUGCCCAUAACCCAACAUUGCAUCAUGUAUUUAAUGUCCAUUACUCAGCUGAGGCCUAUGUUCAUAGAGUGAAUGGGGUAAGUGGGUGGUAUUAUGUGUGGCUGAAUGUCUGACCAAUCCAUUGGGAUGAAUUGCAGUUGGUAGCAUCUGAUUCAUCAUGUACAUAGCUGUCACACUUGGUGAUAGUUGAUCACAGUUGGUAUGCUCUUGUGAACAUGUGUAAUCUUCAUUACAGCAUCAUAUUUUAUAUGGCCUUCGGUCAUAUCGUGGGUGUUGAUACUGUUUGUCCUAACAACAGCAUGGUAUUUCCUCAACAGCUCAGUAAGUUGUGUAUUACAGAAAUUGACAUGAAAUCGACGUCUCAUUUCGUAUCUCUUUCUAAGUGUUGCUGAUGUAGAGAUGUAAUAAUUUGGUAGAUGAUCAGCUGUACAUAUAUUCUAUUUUUUAAAUGGUUCUUAACAUUUGGAUUAUUAUUCUACCAUGUUUAUAGUGUACAAUAAUAUCUGAAGGGUUGAAAGCUAAUUUGGUGAAUGUUGCUGUUUGCAACAUAUUUUUUGACCAUUGUGUAGUCUCAUCUCAACAUGCUAUGUACAGACAUGCUACACACUGAAAGUUGUGUCAGUACUCAUGGGUUCUACUGAUAUCUGCUAUGUAAGUGUUCAGCUACAUUGCAGAAAUAAAAUGUAAGAUACA